UCAACCACGCCUCGUACUGCUCUUAUUGAUGCGUUUGCGCAGCCAGCGACCACUCUCUCUUUCCCCGGUCUUUUUCCAGGUUACAUUUCUGUUUUCACCCCAUUCCUCUCCGUUUAACAGCCCGGAUAUCUCUCCUACUCUUCUGCAUCUCUUUGAGCAUCACCACCAAACCGCAGGCACGAUGACGGAGGCGUCGGGCAUAAAGCAGCGCGUGUCGAGCAACGGAAAUGUCCUUCCAGAAGCGCCCAUAGAGGACGUGUUUGAUCACUCCUACAGAGAAAAGGAAGGGCCCAAACCUCCGAGAACCAUCGUGUGGAGAAAUGUCGUUUCGAUGACCGUGUUGCAUAUAGGUGCCGCUUACGGUGUGUGCCUCAUCCCUUCCGCGUCUCCUUUGACCUUGCUGUGGUCCCUAUUUUGUUUUUUGAUAAGUGCUUUAGGAGUUACUGCUGGAGCUCAUCGCCUGUGGAGUCAUAGAUCCUACAAGGCCUCAUUACCUCUGAAGAUCUUUCUUAGUUUAGCCAACUCCAUGUCAUUUCAGAACGAUAUCUAUGAGUGGGCUCGAGACCACAGGGUUCACCAUAAGUAUUCGGAGACGGAUGCUGACCCGCACAACGCCGUCCGGGGCUUCUUCUUCGCUCACAUCGGCUGGCUGAUGGUGCGCAAACACCCUGAUGUCAUCGAGAAGGGAAAAAAGCUGGAACUCAGCGACCUGACGGCCGACAAAGUUGUAAUGUUUCAAAGGAAGUACUACAAGCUGUCUGUGCUGCUCAUGUGCUUCUUCGUGCCCAUGUCCGUCCCUUGGUACCUGUGGGGGGAGUCUCUGUGGGUGGCGUACUUCAUCCCAUCCGUGUUGAGGUACACCUUGGUGCUGAACGCCACCUGGCUGGUCAACAGCGCGGCUCACAUGUGGGGAAACCGGCCCUACGACAAGAACAUCAACCCCAGGGAGAACAAGUUCGUCACAUUCAGCGCGAUAGGCGAGGGAUUUCACAACUACCACCACACGUUCCCCUUUGACUACGCGACAAGCGAGUUCGGCUGCAAGUUGAACCUCACCACCUGUUUCAUCGACGCCAUGUGCUUCCUGGGCCUGGCCACGGACCCCAAGAGAGUGUCCCACGAGCUGGUGCUGGCCCGAUCCCAGCGCACUGGGGACGGAAGCUCCCGAAGUGGCUAAGAUCGAUAGAUCGUGGUCGGCUUGGAGGGAAAAACUAUCAGAAAGAUGACGCUUCACAGUCCUCUGACAGCUCUACAUUUCUCAUCAACCGAAGAUAACAGUCAUCAUGAGGGCCUUGACAACAUUUUGUAGCUGUAACUAAGUCAUUUGUUCAAGGUGGAUAAAAAAAAAUCCAUUUUGCAAAGCUCUUUUCCUUUGGCUUCUGUUCAGGCCGAGUCUUGCAAAGAUGCUUUAGAUUUGAAGUAGAUACAUUUUAAAACACGACUUCAUUCUCUGCCGUUUUUGCCACUUUGGUGUGCAUCCUUCAUGCAGGGUCAGUCAUGUACGCGGUCAUUUUAUGUAAGUAUUACUUAAUUAUUACUCAAAAUAGAUAACAAGUGGAAAGUAUGAUAACAAUACUUAUAGGAGACUGUUGUCGUUGUUUACAGAACGUUUUUAUUGUUCCCAUAUACAGAAAAUUCACUUUUUGAGCGCUUUAAGAUAUGGAGGGAAAAAAAGAGAUGAGACUUUCAAUGAUAUUUUGUUAAAAAACAAAGUUAUUGGGCUGAAAUAUGGCACAUCGCGAAAGAGUGAAGGAACCCUUCUCAUAACCGGACCAUGCUAACUAAGUCAUGCAGUAUGUAUCCAAAUAUAUAGAAAAUCCAAUACCAAAACAUACUGCAUUUAGGCAUUUAUCAUUGAAUAAAAACUGCCAUUUAACAGCAAGAUCAGUUAGAAUAAAAAAGAAAAUCAACUUUUUUGUGUUUUUUAAGGAAUCUCUCGUAGUGCAAAGAGCGUGCCAGAUGUCAACAUAUUUAUAAGCAUCUCACAGGUCCCCUAGAGCACACUUGAGUCGAUAUCGCUUCGUCACCCAACGUCGUUGUGGAGGUUUUUUAACGUCGUGGCAUCAGUGGCUUUGCUUCCUCUUUUCCCUCUUUUGUCCGGAAACAUCUGCAGCAGAGAUCUUAUUGGUCGAUGUAGCAGCCAGUCAUGAGACAGUUCUGGUGUUACAAAACAACAUGCCACCCAUGCAUGACGAUACGCUGUAGUCGGUGUUGUGGUGAGGUGUUUUAUCGGUGACUCUAAUGGCAGAGUCGUGUCUAUUUUUGUAACGUACUGUGAAGCUGCAUCCAUUUUGGAACUGUUGCCGUGGAGAUUUCUGAGACGAGUUAGGGUUUCCCUUUGAUAUGCUACAAUAGCUGAUUGUCAGUCCUAAAUUUCAGGUGCAUCAGUGCUUAUGCUCAACUUGAAUUCUGGUGUGCAGAAUGCUUAUAUUAUCUUAUUUAUGUGUUUCUUUUUUUCCCUUAUUGACUUGCUCCAAGCAGCUAGUUGCACUCCAACAUUUGGCAGUGAAAUAAACCAAAUUUGAGUUCCUGUUUAUUUUAUAAGAAUCAGGAUACAACCUAAUGCCUUAUGACUUGUAUCCAUUCCUGAUCUUCUUCGCGCCAAAUCUGACCACGGUCCAUGUUUACAGGCUGAAGCACCAGAUGGAACAUUGUUUUUUAAUCUAUAAAAUCAUUUAAGUUUGGCAAAUUGACAUCAAUAGAUACAAAAAUCCAUGUGCUUUGAUUUAAAAUAAUGGAUGGAAGUUGGUAUUACAAUGAUACAAAAAAUGCCUGUUGCUAAAUGGUAAAUUAAGCUGAUUUAAUCUUGUGUCAGCCCAUGAGGGUCUGUCAUGAGCAUCAUCAGAUCUUUUGAAACCCAGACAAAAUCACCAGCCAUGCAAACAACUCCUACUGCCCCCAACACCAGAAUCAACAUUUUCCUAAUGACAGGAUCAAAAGAUUGUCAGUCUGAAAAAUAAUGUCAAAUCUCACCUGUACUCUAUUCUGAAAUAAAAAUUCCCAAUAUUUUCAAUACACACAAUUAA